AUGGAUCCGGGGAAUCAGGCCUCGUGGCUGACUUUAGUAGGUCUGAAUCGGGUCAUCUUCUGGGAGGGCUCGUUCGGCGUCGGCGAGAUCCCUGCUGUCGGCUUGGUGCACGCUUGGUGCACACUGGGCCGCACUCGGGUUCUGACUCGGGAUGCCAAGUCUACCAAGACUAUGGAAAUAUAG